AUGAGCGGUACCUACAACAGUAUUCAUUAUGAUCAAGAGUUAUGGGGACCGGAAGAUGUCUACACAUUUGUACCUGAACGUCAUUUAACGAAACGACAUUCAAUGGCAUAUAUGCCAUUUGGUGUUGGACCACGUAAUUGUGUUGGUAUGCGAUUUGCAUUCAUGGAGAUGAAAAUGGUUUUAACCAAAUUAUUAAAAGACUACACAAUCGUUAAAUGUGAUAAACUAGAGUCACAUAUUAAAAUACAGGAAAUUGCUCUUAUUAUUGCACUACAAGAAAUUUGGAUUAAAUUACAAAAACGUGAACAUUAA